UGGGAAGGUGCCUGCCAGUGGUGGCUGCACCAAGCUGGGCUACAGCCUCUUGCCAAAACGGAUGAGAAGCCAAAAACGGAUCUUCUAACGCUGGAGCAGAAAGGCUUUUGCUUCCAAGUUCGUCUGUAAGCAAAAACCUUUGUUUCUUUGGGUUCAUAAUGGAAACUCUUGUGCAUUCUCUGGAAUAGCUGAUGAAAGGGUGUAGAUCACGGAUGUCCUGUGGAAUUGUAGUUUCCCAAAGGUGAGUGAGAGGUGUUGGGAGUUGAGAGGCUCUUGCUUAGGGAUUUUGUGCCAUUGCUGGAAAAGAGUGGAAGAGUUUGGGAAGGGGAAUGGAGAUGAUGUUUGAAGGAGAGGGUAGACAUGGCAAGGGAACCUGCUAGACAAGGAUUCAAGGCUGAAUUUUUUAUCCUGCAGAAACUGCAGGAUAAAAACAACUUUAAAAUUAGUUUUCAAUGUGUGCUGUCCUUCAGCCUGUUGUGCUCCCAUGGGGGCUAUAUCCUGCUUUUUUGGGCAAGGAAUGUGGCGUUCUGAUUCCUGGUGUAGUGAUGUGCUGAGGAAAGCUGCAUAAAUCCCUCUGCCCAGUGGUGCUGUGGUGUUGGUGGCUGCAGAAUUGGGAUGGGAAAGGGAAGUGGGAAUUACAGUUGUGUGGCUUCCUGCUGGAGAGAUUCCUGACUUGCGUUGGGAGCAUUUUCCUUGAGCCAGAUAACACAACACUGAUGGGAUCCUCAUGCUACCCCUGUCCCUUGCUUAGGUUGCACCACCACAUCUUGCAGGGAAUUUUUGGGAUGUGGAAGCACCAAGGAAGGGGCCCUUUGCUGGACACUGUGCCAUCUUCUCACAACAUCAGGCUCCUUUGGCCUGCAGGUACCUGCAGCUUCCCUUUUCUUUGGGCUACAUUCCUUAGCUUGGAGAUUAUUUUUUCUUACUUAAAAGGGAUCAUCAAUCUUUGAGCCUUUUAAUGUUUGUAGAUGUCUUGGUGGUUUUUAAAUGGAUUAUGGCACCCAUGAAUUUUAGCUAUAUAUAGAGCUCAAUAAAGAAGUUAUAUGGGUCCUGUCCCAGUGGAAUGCUGCAGUGUGCUGUUGGUCCCACUUCCUGGGGAGGGAUGUUCUCACCAAGCUGAGCAGAGCUGGAUUAUUCACCAUUUGUUCUAUUUCUUACUCAAUCACCCACAUUCAGCUCCUCAGUGGAGCCUUGUUGCAGUCAGUUCAGUUUUUCCCAAAGUUGAUAGGAAUUGAGUCAGGGCAGUUUCUGUGCCUGGGCUCAGGGUGAGGUACAAAAUGCAGAGGGGUAGGAGGAGAGGGCUUUGGCUGGAAGCAGGAGGACACUCUUGGUGUUGAUAUUUUGGGGGUCUCACCCUGGACAGUCACUUUUGCCAUGGGUUGGUGCCACUGUCAGUGUUCACCCACUGCAGACUGUGAAUGCAGAGUUAAAGAAUCACCCCACACAACAGAAAUCGAAACUGCGGGGGUUUGCAGCACAGCGUGCAGCUCCGGGCUAGGGACACGCGUGGGUUGUAAUCCCCGGGUGGGUGCGAGCAGGGGCUCCUGCCCUGCCGGCCCCUCCGGGACAGGGGGACCCUCUCCCACCCUGCCCCGGCCCCGCAUCCCGGGCACGACGCGCUCCUCUCUGCGGCCGGGGGGGCCGGGGCGGCCUCCCCCGCGGGGCCGGGGCUGGGCCGGCGGCGGUGCCGUGUCCCGUCCCCCCCGCGGCGGCCGGGCCCGUCCCCUCCCACCGUGGAGCCAAGUUCAAACCGCGGGCCCCGGCGCAGCCGGACCGGGCUCCCCGGGACCGCCGCAGGGGCCGCGCCCGCGGGGCUCCAUGAUUUUCCCCCGGGCGCUCUCCUGUGCUGUUCUGCUGCUCCUGCUGGUGGCCGUGCUGAGCAGAGGCAGGAGGUGCAGCAUCGCCAAAAUCCUCCGGCAGUACCGGGCCGUCAUCUUCCAUGAGAUCCAGAACCUGAGAAACCUGACUGGGUCAGUGUACAGGAGCGGGAGGGCUGGGCCCGCUUGUCGUUCGGACAAGGACCAGAAGAUCCUGCUGUCCAUCUACAACAUCAGCAUGUCCCUGCGGGAGGUGGGGGCCGGCACCCUGCAGGGCCCUGAGGAGCUGGCGGUCUGGAGGGUGGCCAGGAACACCAACUUUGUGCUCCAGGAGAACUGCAGGAAAAUCAGCAAGAACCCACCGCGCACGGGCCCGGCACCGCCGCGGCGCGGGGCAGCCGGCCGCAGGAGGAAGCAGCUGCGGGAGCUCGGCAGGAAGGCGGAGAGGCUGGCGACCUGCUGGGAGAAGCUCAAUGCCCUGCACGCACCCCGCCAGGCGCCCUGGGACUCGUAGGGACGCCCUCGCUGCAUGCCAGGGGGAUGUGCUGCUCCAGCCCCGGGGCUGCCGGUGGCUCCUUUGGGAACCUGGGACAAACUCAGCCUUGAGGGCGGAGGGGUUGCUGCCAGCAGACGCCCAAGCUGAAUUCAUCCUCCUGCUCCCAGCGGUGCCCAGGCACCGGAUCCACCACCCCUGGCUGGGGCUGGCAGGUUGGUGUGCUGUGGGAUGGCUGUGGCAGACACCUGGAACACCAGAAACACUGUGAAGAAGAAGGGGAAGAACCAAAAAGAGAAGGUGAGGUGUGGGUUCUUGGUUGCUCCUGCUGCUCUGUUGAGGACAAUGGGUGUGUUUUGGGGCAGGAAGAGGACAUGUGGGGCCGUGGCUGUGGGGGCUCUGCUGGAAGUGAGGCCACAGUGCAUCUGCAAGGCUCUGAGGUUAUUAGGGCUGUGCAUGGGGACAGGUGUCCCUGAGGCACUGCUGGGAUGUGCAGAGCAGCCGGGCACCCACAGUGGACAGGGAAGUAAAGGUGCAUCACUGGGCACCUGGGGAAGCCUGGGGGGUUCUGAUAUCCAAAAAUGCCAGGCAGUGUGGGGGCUUGAGGCCAAGGCUCAGCCUCGGUGACAGGCAGCACUGUGGAGGGACCCGGCUGCUUGGCACUGUGGGUGCCCCAGCAGGGAGGGAAUGGUGAGGUGUGGGGUGAGGUGAAGUGAAGGGCAUCUUCCCUUGUCAGGGCAUCCUCCCUUGUCACUGUGCUCUGCCAGCACCCUGCCUAUGGCCUCCACUGCUUUGUUGGGUUG